GAAUAAUUGAGAUCAACUGAUUCUUGACACCCUCUCCAUAGUGUAACAAACAAGUUCUUGGUUGGAUCAAGGCAUGCGUAUGGAGGGCCAUAUCGUGAAGAAAAUGCUCAAGUAGAAUUGAUUAUUUAUAUGAUAGUCACGAAUUGUUACAGUAAGUAACAGUACAGGUGGAAAGAUAGAAAUCCUUUCGAAUUUCAUUAAUUUUACAACUUAUAUAUGAUUUUUUCCUAGAAUGGUAUGGUAGAUUGUAUUUAUUAGAAAACAAUAAUCACUUUUACCUAACAAUUUUUUAACUAACUGGAGGCCAUAAUAUUGGGAUCGGAUGGGUUACUAACCCCCUACACUGUUAGCACCUUGCUAACCCUGUAGUACGGUUGCGUUUUGUACUUUUGCCUGAUUAAAGGAGUUAUGCCGCCAGAGCAUUUUCGUCAAUUGGAUUAUUUGAUGAUGGCAGGCCAUGAAACCAGGCGGAUACGGAUGCGGUUUUUGUGGUGGGAUCCCAACAGUCAAAAGCUUGAGUUUUUUUUAUCUUCCCUCUUUACUCUGUAGCGGUCGGAGUUCUUCCCCUAGCGAAGCCGCCGAUUUGUUGCAGUCCUUCCCGGCUUUGAAGGCUCCGUCGCCAGCGGCCUUUGUCAAGGUUGUCUCGCCUGCACUACCCUCCACUCUUCCCACCUCGUCGCCGCCCUCCGCUCUUCCCACCUCGUCCCCCCCCCCCCCCCCCUCGCUCCUCCGAUCUCGUCGCGACCGUAGACACCUUCGACGGCCUCACUUUCAGCCGAUCUCGUCUUCGUUCCGGCCACCGCCUUAGGUAGUAGUCAAACCUCGUCAAUCGUCUUUCUUCUUCUCUUUUGGGCGCAAUUGGAUGUCACCGCCCUGACUCUGAUUUUUUUUUUUUGGAUCAAGAUCUGCCUUUUAGGGAGGUUGCGUGUAGGUUUCUGGAUCCUUGCUUCGAUUUGGUUUUUGAUCGCAGUGAGAUUAAUUUUCUUUUUCUUUUCCGACGAUGUUCAGUUUGCAAAUAAGACGGUGAAGAGUCUAGUAUAUUCAGGUGGUAGUGUUUUCGCGUGUGAUUAGUAGUGUUUCGUUGGUGGUGAUUCGUGUUAGGUUAGACCUGACCGCCAAGUGAGUCAGGCCUUUUAGGCUGGUAGUGAUUCGUGUUCUGAUUAGUAGUGCUUUUAUUUUGGUUUGGUAUUUUUUCCUAAAUGAAGGAGUAGUAUUUCCCUUGUUUGUCAUUUCUAGGGGUGGUAAUCGGUCGGUAUCGGUUAAACCGGUUACCGUUUGACCGGUUAUCGGUGUACCGAAAAUUCCAAUACUGCUAUCGUUUUCCGAUACCGAGUAUAUUUCGGUAAACCGCUUACCGAUUGGGACGGUGUCGGUUUUUGAGCCGGUUUCCCGAGUUACCGCAGUCCGCAAAGGUCUCUUCGACUUCCAAUCCUCUAUCUGACCUUCACGACACCAUUCUCACCUCGACCUCUGGACCUGCAGGCUGCAACCAUGAUGACGGAAAUAUAGUCUCCCUACUCUUACAUAUGUGUUGCAAGAUUUGCAUGAUGGAUUUGGGGUGGGGGAUUUUUUGGGCUAAAGUCGAUGGCGGUGUUCUUGAAGAGUUGAAGAUGAAGAGAUAGAUUUGGGCAUUUGGCGUCUCCAUCAUCGCCGUUUUCAGAGAGAUAAAUCGGGGAGGUAAAUCGCAGUAAAUUGGGGAGAUAGAUCGCAGUCAAUCGGAGUCACCGCCAUCACCGUCGGCCUAUGUCUCUAGCUCCAUUGUCAAUCCGCGCUCCCGCCACUGCUGCAUGUCACCGCCGCGUUCCUAAUCACUGGCCAAGCGAAGCAAAUCAGGCAAUGAGAGCACCGGAUCUGAUUCUGCGUUCGGGAGGGAGAGCGAAGCACUGGAUCGGCUUCUGGUUCUCCACAAUGGCAGAGGUGACGGCGGCAGAGGUUACAGCGGCAGAUGACAGAGUAUCCGGGACGGGUGCCGGCGCGGAGGCGGUUGGUGGAGGCAGGGAAGGAGAUGCUUACAUAGCGGGGUCACCUCCCGUGGCGUUUCUUCCAAUUGAGAGAGAAGAGAAGGAGCGGGGAAGGAGACGAAGAGAAGAGAUUAGAGAGAAGGUUUGGCGGCGGGAGUGAGGCAGGCAAGCAGGGGAAGCGAGUUAAUUAGGUUUGGCUCGGUAUUCUCGGUAUUACCGGGAAACCGACGGUUAGAUACCAUAUAUAUCUCGGUAUACCAAUAGUUGAAAUGUUGCUACCGUGUACCGGUACCGGCGGUUAACCGGAUACCGGCGGUUACCGGUUCGGUAUCCGGUUAAACCGUUAACCGGACAACCGGUUACCACCCCUAGUCAUUUCCAUUCCAUUUCCAUUCCCAUCUGAUCCCCAGGAGUAUGCCCCAUGUUUGGUCUUAUGCAGAAGUAUUUCCAUUCCAUUUCAAAAACAGUAUUUUAAAAACUCUACUGACUUGCAAAACGCUACACAUGCAAUACCCUACACAAGCAUUAGCACGCCAUUCCCAAAACGCUACACACGCAUUCGUAAAAAUCACUACUACCAAAAUAUUACACUUCAAUAUCACAACACUACAUAUUCUCAAUUCAAACUUCAACAAAAACACUACCAUAGGUACACAUCAAACCACCAGUAAAGACCCUACAUAUUUACAACAACGGUGAUCAAUAAAAACACUACAAUUUA